GCAAAAUUCAUAAUGGUUACUUCUCGAAAUAAAAACAGAAGGCAGACACAGGAUUUUUUUUAAAAAAUAGUUUUGAAUUUAACUUUUAUUUAGUUUAACAUAAAUUAAGUUGUCAAAAUGAUGAAUCCAGAAGUUGAAGCGCAUAUUAAGAAUCAAUACACCUGGGUUAGGCUACCCGCAAGUGUGAAACAGACAUUGGGAAAUACAGAAAAAAAUUGGGACAAAUGUGUGUCUGAUUACUGCAUCAAAAAUCAGUUUCGUUUCAAAGGAAGUAUUGUGAAGCAAGUUCGCAAGGAUGAAAAGAGAUAUUAUCAAGAGUUACUGCAGUACAGCAGAUCCAACUUGAUGAUGUAUCCAUAUCAUUUGUCUGACAUCAUUGUUAAAGGACUACGUUUGACUCCUUUUGGAUAUUACUGCAACAUGUUACAAGAUGUUAUGACUAACGAGAGAAGUUACGAUUCACUGCCAAAUUUUACGGCGGCUGAUUGCUUGCGCUUGUUGGGGAUUGGCAGAAACCAAUAUAUUGAAAUGAUGAAUCAAUGCAAGUCUUCAAAGCGUUUUUUUCGAGCCAAAAGACCUCCAAGGGAACUCCUUCCUGUUAAACCAAUACCACAAACUGUCAUUAAAUCUUGGUGGGUGGCAAAUAUUGGCUACAUAACAGAUGAUGAUGUUAAAAUGUGUUCUGAUCGUGAAGUGAAAGUUAUUGACAAAUUGAUUGAUGAAGGAACCACAGCUGUCAAAUUGCUGCCACUUGACGUCAUUAAAACUCUAUACAACAAAGGAUUGAUCUAUUUCGAUGUGCCUAUUCAAGAUUCUGAUAACAUUGUAGUACCUCCUUUGGAAAACUUUGUUAUGAAUCGUGUGCUCGGUGAUUACAUGGAAACCAUGCUUUAUAAAGUGUUUGUAUCCAUGGAUGAACACACUACUGUGGCAGAGUUAGCACAAGUACUGGAAAUCGAUCUUCCCCUUGUAAAGACCGCCAUUUCGUUGUUUUGUCGACUUGGUUUGGCACAAAAAAAGAAUGCUGACGAAGAGAACGAAAAUGGAUUUGAUUCUGUGGCCACACCUACCGGGUUGAGCAGUUCAAGAAAUUUUGGCGGAAGCCAUGCCGAUCUCCUUCUCGAUCUUCUUGAAGACGAAAACAUACAAGACGAUGCAGAAAAAAAGACGUCCGGAGCAAAUUCAUCUUCUGAAAUGCUGGUGGAUGAUGGAAAUGGUCUCGCUUCACCAGGUAUAUGUUCACCCAACGAGUUAAAAUAUAUAUCGAGUUAUUUUGACGUCAUCGCGAUUUUCUUGUGUUUAGACUCCGGAAGCAGCACAAAGCGAGUUGCGUUUCUGUUCGAUUCAACUCUCACUGCUUUCUUGAUGAUGGGAAACUUAUCGCAGGGUUUGAAAAGACACGCAGUCACCAUGUUCGAAGUGGGCAAGUUGUCUGAUGAAACGAUGGAAAAUUUUGUAUCUGAACUCGAAAAGAUUGAGAAUGUGGUAAACGAAGGUGAAGCACAACGUUAUUUCGACCACGCUCUCAUUCUGAAGAAUACUAUACAAUACUUACGAAAUAAUAAAAAUCUGUGCAUCGAAGACGAUUCUACCGCUCCUGGGUUAGACCUCGUGAGGUGCGAGAGUAUGAACAGUUUGGAUCCAUCAGUGUGCGCACGAAUUCUAAAAAAGAAGUACAGUUUAUUAAUUUCAAUGGCUCCGCUAAGUAACGAGAUCAGACCAAUAUCCAGCUGCACUCCUCCACACAUUGGACCUGCGCUUCCUGAGAUUAAUUCCGUAUGGUUCAAAUUGUUUUUAUAUUGUAAACUAAAACACGGACCGCCAUCAUUGUUACUUGUCAAAGGAACCCGAUUGCGAAAGUUACCAAAGGUUUUUUCGAACUACGAGAGGUUGCAAAUCACAACGUGGGGUCAUGACCCUGCAAUUGUUCCUUCAUCGAAUGUUUUAUUUGCAUUGAAUGAAGCGCUUACACAUUCACCUGUUCUGGUACAGGCUCAUGGUAUAUAUGGAGAAGGAGACGUUUUAAAUAUUUCGUUUCCACUUGAUAAAGAACAACUUGAAUCAACAGACCAUCCUUACGAGUCAAUUUUACAAUCAAUCAAUUUGACAUUCGAUCUGUCCUGUUCAUGCGGAUACAUCACGUUAUUGAAUCUUUCUUCACGCAAACACUGCAGACGUACUUCGAAAAAUAUGAUGCUAGUAACUAAUAACAACUUUAAUAAACUGUCUUCGAAUGAUAAUUUAUUACAAUCCGAUUUGCUUGGUGAUUUGCUGGGCGAACCGGAGGUUUUAGAAAGCAAGAGAGACCCAAAACAAGAAACUGAUAGAUCCGAAAAUAUAUCGGAUAGGAUGUGGUAUCCGUUGCAACUUUGUUAUGGUGUGCCACUCUUUGAUGCAGCUUUAAAUGAAGAAAUCACGAGAAAGAUGAUAUCUUGUGGUAUAUGCAAACAAGAAAGUUUGGAGAAAAUGACAAAUUCAAAUCGCGUUCUUUCGUUAGAAUUAUUACAUUUUAUUACUGAAUGGCAGGAGAAGCUCAAACUUCCUGGAAGUGUGGGAGAACUGAAUGAUCAACCAAUACCUCAUCCGACUAAAUGUCUUUUAUUUUUAAACGGUGACCUGUCUGUUUGGUAGAAACUAGUUAUUGUUUUCAAAAUUUUCUUAUUGUGAACAUUUUUCAUCUUUGUGCAAUUGUGUCAGAAAGUUUUGAAAUGGUCCCCAAAGUAAACGAGUCCCAUAAUAGCUUCCAGUACUAAGCGCAGGAAAGAUCUAGAUAAACUGAAAUAUUAUUUGUUUCUCCUGCAUUGUUUACAGGCUAAAGUAUAAUUUAUUCAUGGCGAAGUUGCUCACGCAUAUAAUUUCUCAUAAUACCUACUAGUUAGAUAUAAAUUCUUUAUAUGCAGAAUUUGUAAUUGCAUGAUGAAAUGAAGAAAUAGAUUAUGACGUCAAAAAUGUAUAAAUAAAUGAAUGGCUGUACGAUUUUUAUAUAAAUGAUGUAAUAUUUGCUUUACUGUUACUGUUCUUAUAGCAAGAUAAUAAUAUAGAUUUUGUGUCCUUUUAUUUCAGCUUUCGUAUUUGGAAUUUUAAUCGUUUGAUUAAUUUGAAUUUUUCUCCGACUUUUAGCUUUUCCCCGCAUAAACAACCCCUUAAACUUUUGAAUAUUUUCGGUCGCCUUUCACCCACCCCUCUGUAAUCCAAGAACUUUCUGUUGCUGGAACUAAAAAAAUUUAAACUGUAGAUUUUUACUGACAUGUUUUCAUCAGUUUCACAGUUCUUUCAUCAAAGAGAUUAUUAAGUUUGUGUUGUUGACGAAAAGGAUUAUUAAAUAUUAACUUCUAGAAAUCUUAUUUUCUAGAUUACAACUUAACUCAGUUCUGUGUUUACUUUAUGCUUUUUUGUUGAAUCCAACCAUUGUCUUUUAUCCUUGCAAACCAAACUUCUAAAAUCACAGCAGAGCGCAAAGUAUAAAUAACUUUUUUACAAUGGUGAAAAUAUUUGAAAAUAUCAAACUAUGCUUAUUUCGGCCAUUUUGAUUACGUGAACAUUAAUGAGACAGUUGCAACAUGGCUUUUUAAACUUACUAAAUAUUUUACAAGGUUGAAUGGACAUUUCCCUCAUCACGUACAACUUGUAAAUACGUAAAGAGAAGAAUUGUAUAUGUGAAAAAUCCGUCGACAAUAAUAACACUCCCUGAUCGACGCUGGAAAAGAUGGACGGUAGAAAAAACAGUUACAACGUACCGUUAAAUCGAAAAAGUUCAGCUUACGAUCGUCGAGGAAGUUUCGGUCUCACCAUCCCAAGACGAAGUAAAUCAAGCUCGGAAUUGCGAGCGGAAGACGAACUCUCGCCACCAGGCUUCAAACUUUCAAACGAAGCUACAUUUCGUCACGGAAAUCACUCGCCAGCACUUCAAAGAAAAACAUCAACUUUUUUUUCUGGCGCUAGUAACGAAAACUUGAACGAACAAGAUGAAAUUGACUCCCGUGAAAGAUUUCGAAAAAUUUUACGAGAAAUGUAUGUCGAACAAGAACGCGAUAGCAAGCGAAAAUAUCAACAACAAUUCCAACAGAAACUCAAGACACGUCUAAAAGAGCAACAAAAUGACAGCAACCAGCUUGUUAAUUUCAUAGUAUACAUGGCAACCGAGCAUGAAACUUUGCUGCAAAUUUUAGUCUUUUUACCGCUUAUCGUGACGGCGUUUUAUAUCGUGCUGGUCGAAGAGGGUUCGCUAAUUCACGAAAUAAAAUAAAAUUACGUAUCACAAAACAAAAAUCGAAAAUUACAAUAAGUACAGAAAUGUAUUCGGAACAAAUUUUAUUUACAGUCAGUAAAAUUUAAGAAUGCAUGGUAUGAUAAAAAUGACAAUCACGUGAAAAAUUAAGGGUUGGUUUCCACCAAACAAAACCUAAACAUAUCAAGAGAUGUUGCUGAGUGGAAACCACCUUCAAGUUAUGUUAUUGUUAUGGCGAAUUUCUGAUAAAAAAUAGAAAAGAAAGCAAUAAAACAA